AUGUCCGCCAGCACCCUUUCCCAGCCCCGGCAAUUCCCGGGAAACUGCACUCUGGAGGCGGCCCUGAAAGGCAUCGUGGACGUCUACCACCGCUACAGCAUCAGGGAGGGGGAGCUCGACCUGCUCAGCUACAACGACUUCCAGACGCUGCUGACCGAGCAGGCGCCCACCUUCCUGGCGGCCUGCAACAGGAACCAGCGCGACUACCUGAAAAAACUCUUCCAUGAGACUGACAUCAACAAGGACCGCCAGCUGAGCUUCGAGGAGUUCUGCAUCGUCCUGGCCAAGGUGACCGACGACGCCCACCGCAUCACCCACGGGAGCCAGCGCUGCGGGCCGGAGGCGGACUGA